CAAUCACACGACUGGCGCCAUGCUCUUCUAUUUCACUUCCGGUUGCUGUAGGAGUUAUUUCCCGUGCUUUUAAUUGAAUUCUGGGUAACAAAUUCUACAUCCGGCCUUUCCGUAUUUCCUCAGCAUUAAUCCAUCAUGGGUGCUGUACGAACUAAAACUGUGAAAAAAGCCGCACGUGUUAUCAUCGAGAAAUACUACACUCGUAUGACACUAGAUUUUCAUACAAACAAAAAGAUAUGUGAUGAAAUUGCUAUUAUCCCUAGCAAGACCCUUCGCAACAAAAUUGCUGGGUUUGUAACCCAUUUGAUGAAACGUAUCCAGAAAGGUCCAGUACGUGGCAUUUCCAUUAAACUGCAGGAAGAAGAACGUGAAAGGAGAGACAACUAUGUUCCAGAAGUCUCAGCUAUUGAACAGAAUGGAAUUAUUGAAGUUGAUCCUGAUACAAAGGAAAUGUUAAAGGCUUUGGACUUUGGUAAUUUGGAAGGUCUUCAAGUAACACAACCUAUUCCAUCUAUGGGUGGCUUCAGAAAUGGGCCCAGAACAUAAUGUAAUUACAACUAAAUAAAUUUAUAAAUCUAUAAA